CCUGUUUAAUGCCUCCCGCCUCGGCCGCCAUCUCGCAUCUAUGGAUACCUGGAUACAUUACGGAACCAUUGGACUUCCUUGCGGCAACCUCCACUAGAUAUGUUCUAAUUCGAAAUGUCAUCUUUUCAAGAACCCCUUCCUCAUCCUCCUCGCACUCUUCUCAUCAUGCCCGUAUCUUAUUGAUACAUCACCCGCUAGCCAUACCUAACCCACGUUAUUACUUUCUACUUCUUGCUUGGCGAACUUGACGAACUUGACGCGACCUUCUGCUUGGCUUCUGGCUUUGACGUCUGGUUAUGAUCGCAAUUAACAUGCCCAGCAGGACAUCGACCACGGAGGACGACGGCGCUGACCAAAUUGGUUACGAUACUCCGAGAUCUGGCAUCGCUACGCCUCAGCCUGAUCUUCACGACAAGAGACUACCGGGUAUUAGCUACUUUGGUCAGGUUAGUACCACCUCUUUACCUUCUGCCGUUGGUCUCUCUUCUUCCCGAGCACUUGAGACUGAGUCGACACGCCCUACCUGUCCCCAGGAAGAGAAGGAAUCGCACAUCGUACCUCAGCAACUGCCGAGCCCGGAAUCGGAUUUGAGCGGCAAGGACAUCACGCCUGACACUUCGCCUCUCCUUUCACAUGAGAGGAUCGAACCUCUGGCAAAAGUACAGUCCUCCCAACAAUUAACUUCCGAUAUCCACCCUUACCCUACGCCUCCCUGUUCACAAACACCGUCGGAGAGGGGAGUCAAGUUGUCAGAUGCGAGUGGAGAUUCGGACGGGGCCGCUAGCGGCCCAUCGAACCGAUCCUCUCUGAACACCAAGAGCGGCUCGGAAACCUCUCAGCUCAAAGUUCGGAGGGCCACUCUAGCAUCCCCUCUUACGAGCAUCGUCACUACGUCUAAUGUUCUAGCGAGCCAUCUUUCCAUCCCUACCGAUCAUGCAUUUUCAACAACACCAAGUUCUCCCUCGGACGCGCAGCCCCCUGCAGGCGAAGCCAGCAGUUUCUUAUCUCAGUCCGCCUCGGUUGAUCGACUGAAGAAGCUAACAGAUGUUGGGACGAAAAAGAGCGGCCCCCCGACCCCUACCAGAACGCUCUCUGCUACUCACUCGUCACACACGGAAGAGAGGUCGCCUUCGAAGCUUAGUGGAGAUGGAAUAGACACGGGUGGUAGACAGACGCCGGUCUCCUCUGCUAGUGGCGGUGCGCAAGCGCCACCACAGAGGGGCAAACUUACUAUCAAGAUCUUAGAGGCGAGAGGCUUGCGGAAGAGCCGCGACCCCUACGUUGUUGCCGUGUUCCAGAGAAGCGAGUUGAUCUCACACGGACCGCGGACUUUCGAAGACGAAGACGAGUCAGCAGCGCCCGCGCCAGUCCCGAUGGGCGGGGUUCCCAUACAGCGCCAAGGCAGCGACCCUGGUCGUUCGAUGGCGAUACCUAUGCGUAGUCGCCAAAGCAGCAACACUAGCAUCACCGACUACAACACAUUCCGCAAUCGUCCGCGAAGAUCGUUCACAAGUCCUAAGUGGGAUGCUGAAGCAGUAUUUGAUGUUGUUGAUUCAGACAUGCUAGUGGACAUCUCGAUAUAUGACCACGGCACACAAGGGGAAGAAUUCUUAGGCCAUGUCGAUUUCCAGGCAAUAAUCCCUGGCAAAGACGAGCCUGUGCGAGGCUGGUACCCGUUAAGAGGAAAUCUCGACACGACUCCUGACAAGACACCCACCGGUGAAAUAUUCGUCGAGGCGAUCUACCAGAGAACCGAAAAGAAGCAUUACGGACCCGACGAUUUCCAGAUCCUACGAUUGAUUGGGAAGGGUACGUUCGGUCAAGUUUACCAAGUUCGGAAGAAGGACACUGGUCGAAUCUAUGCUAUGAAAGUAUUGUCGAAGAAGGUCAUCGUUCAGAAGAAAGAAGUGGCGCACACGGUCGGAGAGCGGAACAUUCUCGUCAGGACAGCCAUGUCGGAAUCCCCGUUCAUUGUAGGGUUGAAAUUUUCUUUCCAGACCCAGAACGACCUUUUCCUUGUCACCGACUACAUGUCGGGCGGCGAAUUAUUCUGGCAUCUCCAGAAAGAAGGACGAUUCGAUGAGAAGCGAGCCAAGUUUUAUAUCGCGGAGCUUAUUCUUGCGAUUCAACAUCUUCACAACAACGACAUCGUCUACCGCGAUCUCAAGCCGGAGAACAUCUUGCUCGAUGCCAAUGGCCACAUAGCCCUUUGCGACUUUGGCCUGUCCAAGGCGAAUCUGACCCAGAAUGAUACGACCAAUACGUUUUGCGGAACUACGGAAUAUCUAGCCCCGGAGGUGUUGUUGGAUGAAGCCGGAUAUACCAAGAUGGUAGAUUUCUGGUCUCUCGGCGUCCUUGUUUUCGAGAUGUGUUGUGGGUGGAGCCCCUUUUAUGCCGAGGAUACGCAGCAGAUGUACAAGAAUAUCGCGUUCGGCAAGGUACGAUUCCCCCGAGACACACUCUCGCAGGAAGGUAGGAACUUCGUCAAGGGCCUCUUGAACAGAAAUCCAAAGCACCGGCUAGGCGCUAUUGACGACGCCGAGGAGCUGAAGCGACACGCUUUCUUCGCUGAUGUCGACUGGGACAUCUUGUCCAAGAAACUCAUCACGCCACCCUUCAAGCCGAAGUUGAAGUCUGAGACCGACGUCUCCUACUUCGACCCCGAGUUCACCAACGCGUUGAAUUCGAAUGGGUCGCUAAAUGAACGCGCUCAGCAGCUAGCCGCUGGGUUUGCCACAUCAACGCCGCUGUCUCCGACUACGCAGGCGAAUUUCCAGGGGUUUACGUUUGUCGAUGAGAGCUCAUUGGACGACCACAUGAGAGGACGAUACGUUGAUGAAGAGAUGGACGACGCAGAUCACCGAGAUAAUGACUGGGACGAUCUCGAAGAUCUCGAUCUCCGGAAGGCCAAUAGGAUGAGUGGGAUCGUCAAGACUGGGAAUAACGACGAGCCUUUCGGCGAAUCCCACUUUGACAUAUGACCUGGAGUUUUUUUUUGUUUGUUUUGGACCCUUACGACAUGAGGAUGAACCCGCUCGAUCGUUCUCAGCAUUCACGACAGUUUCCGCAAUUCUUCCAAAAUCCUGUCC